AUGUAUGAAGAGAUUAACGUUAAAUAUCACGUAGCUACUGGCCGCUACAUUCCCAUCGACAAUAGGUCAGCCUUGCCUUCGGAAAAAGACAUUGAAUUACGUAGACUUAGGUCUUUGAAUGCUGAACUCAGAAAACACAAUGCUAUCUUGCGCGAACGAGUAGUGUCGCUCGAAAAGAAAGUAGACAAACUUGCGAAACAGAAAGAAGCGUUUAAGGAAGAAGCAUCUAGGUAUCAGUCGGCUCUCGGCGAUGCAACUAGUCACAUCUUCAAAGAAGAUGAUCCCAAUAACCCAAUAUUUUUGAAACGCCAUAUACACGCAUUAGAAAAGAAACUUGACAACAUCGCUAGGACAAAAGGCGCAAUGAUAACCAUUAAUGCUUCCGAGGCAACAAAGUUAGUUAAUAGAUAUUUGCAUCCUUACAAAAUACGAAGGGCUGACGUAGACAGGGUAUUGAUUAAAGCCGCUUUCAAACGAGUAAUUACCGAGAAAAUUUUGAAAAAGACAGCUGUCGCACACAAAAAUGCUAUGCUUCCCACAUCGAACAAGGAAACGUCCGCGCUUGAAUUUGACAUAGCUCAGACAACCGAAGCUCUUUGUGCCAUGAUUACUCAAUUCAUUUAUGAUAACCAGAUAAACGAUAAUAUUGCAGAUUUGAUCCCAGAUAAAAUCCGGCAACAAACAUACAGCCUGCUCGGAACUCAUGCGUUUACCAAUAUGAACCAACCAUUCAUCCAAGAAACCUCAGCGGAAGUGUUAAACGUUCUCGCUAAGUACCGUACAAACAAGAAAGACACCCAAGAAAGGCUAUUCUUACAGACAAUGGAUACGAUCCGUACUUUGAUUCGUGUACUGUAUUUUCGUCCAAAGGUGUUUGGAAAUUCGAGAGUUGAAUUCGUCGAGUCUGGGAUCGAGUUCGAUGAUGCUCUUAUGAGAGGUGCUCAAUUAUACGAGGAUGAUACUGAGGAAAGCGUAUUAGUGGCGCUAUGCUCAUUGCCUAUGGUUUACAAGGAACAGAAGAAAGACGAUGACAUAAUCUAUGUUAAAGCAAAAGUGUCGCUGAGAGAGAAGAACGAUGAAAGGUUUGAGCUGAAAACGGGCGAUGAGGUGGAAGAGGUGGAUAGUGAUGAAGAAGAAAUAGUAGUAGUACUAAUGAACGGUAGUGAUAACGAUGAUAAACGUGAAAGGAGGCUUAAAGUCAGGAUUAGGGGAUAG